AUGGCAGCCUGGCUGGGGGACCCAGAAGCGACAGGAAGGGGCAGCAAGCUGCGCAAGACGGACUGGGUGAUCGGCGCGGUGGUGUUCACGGGGCCGGACACCAAGGUCGUGAGGAACAUGCUGCCCGCGCCGCGCAAGGUGACCCGGCUGGAGCGCUCCAUGAAUGGCGUGGUGGUGGCCACCCUCGCGACACUGGGGGCCCUGGCCUUCAUCAUGGCCGUCGCAAACCAGGCGUGGGAGGCGAGGCACAACCCGGGGCGCGACUGGUACCUUCAGCACGAAAACAGCUGGCCCGAGCUGUCCCCAGGGAUUGCCGGCUUCCUCGUGCAGAUGGUGCGUUUCCUGAUCCUGAUGGCCCAGGCGGUGCCCAUUAGCCUCUAUGUGACGCUGGAGACAGUGAAGGUCGCGCAGUGCAAGCUGCUGUAUGACCGGGACCGUGCCAUGUACUGGGCGGCGGAGGACGUGCCCUUCACCAGCCGCACCACCACGCUUAACGAGGAGCUGGGGCAGGUGGAGUACGUGCUCUCAGACAAGACGGGCACCCUCACCCAGAACGUGAUGGGCUUCGUCCUCGCCUCCAUAGCCGGCACACUGUACGGCCACACGCCCGCCACCGCGGCCGCCACCGGAUUCGCAGCGGCGGGCGUCACGAACGGGGCGCGGGCCGGGGGGACCGCGAGGGCGGGGGCGCCGGCGCGGGUGGGGGGCGCGGCGGAGUACAUGGCGGCGCAGGGCAGCAUCGCCGACGUGCCCAACAACACGCCGCACACGGUGUCUCUGGACACACGGCUGCGGGCGGCGGUCGCAGCUGAGGCCGCCCGCCGCAAGGCCGCGCCCGACGGCGCCGCGGCGGCGGCAUUCGCGGGGGCAGCUGGCGGUGGCGGCGGCGGCGGCGGUGCGGCGGCGGACUUUCUGCUGGCUCUGGCGCUGUGCAACACGGUGGUGCCGACGGCGACUGAUGACGGCACCCUGUUGUAUCAGGCGGCCUCCCCCGAUGAGGAGGCGCUGGUGGCGGCCGCAGCCUACCUGGGGGUCAAGCUCGUGGCCAGGUCUGCUUCACACGUGGAGGUGGAGAUGGCCGGGGAGCUGCAGCGAUUCGAGCUUCUGUCAGUCCUGGAGUUUUCGUCGGACCGAAAGCGCAUGAGCGUCGUCGUGCGGCGGCCGGGCGGCGGCAAAGGCGCCGGCAAAGUCGCCGGCGACGGCGGCGGCGGUGGCGGCGGGCGCGGGGAAGGGGAGGUGGUGCUGCUGUGCAAGGGCGCGGACAACGUGGUGCUGGAGAGACUCGCACCCGCCCAGCAGCUGCUGCCCGCCACGUCGUCGCACCUGGACACCAUGAGCGGCGCCGGGUUCCGCACCCUGGUGGUGGCGUCAAAGGCCAUCAGUAACGAUGACUACGCCAAGUGGGCGGUCGAGUACAAGGAGGCCUGCGCCAGCUUGGAGGGGCGGGAUGCGAAGGUGGCCGCGUGCUGCGAGCGCAUCGAGCGGGGGCUGACCUUGAUGGGGGCCACGGCGGUCGAGGACAAGCUGCAGGACGGGGUCCCGGAGGCCAUAGCUGGGCUCAAGGCAGCAGGCAUCAAGGUCUGGGUACUCACGGGUGAGUAA